GCUAUAUACAUCUUGAAGGACUAACGGCAUUUUCCUCAUCUCACUCACAACAUUAGCAAAUUAAAAUCAAAAGAUACAAAAAAAUGUGCGACACUGUACUUUCCUGUGCUCGUGAUCACUUGCUUCCACUAGCUCGUGAUCAUUUGCUUCCACUCUUAAAGGAAGCAGCCGAUAUGAUUAUGGGCAUCCCAAAAGAAAUUGUAGAAAUUAAAGAUGAACUCGGAAGAAUUGAAGAAUUCAUCAGCAAUGCAGACAGAGUGGCUGAUGCUGAUGAAAACAACAAAAGUCAAGGAACCAGAGGAAUGAUCAACCAGCUGAUUGAAGCAACUUUUCGCAUAGAAGAUGUCAUUGAUGAUUAUAUGAUCUGUGAGGAGCAACAACUUCCAGAUCCUGGAUGUGCUGCUGGUGCUGCUAACUGUUUCAAAACUAUGUCUCUUCGUCUCCAAAUUGCCUACAAGAUUCAGAACAUAAAAUCUCGAAUUAAUGAAAUAAGAGAUACAAGUAUCGUAAGAGUUCGUGGCUUCCAAAUAAAUUCAUCUUCAGAACAAGGAGCAAGCAGUUCUGGAGUAAACUCAAAUACCAUAUUAUUGCAGAACCUUCGAAAGGCUCCAUUUUACAUGGAUGAGGCAGAUGUUGUGGGCUUUGAAGAGCCAAAAAACCUACUGAUUGAUUGGCUGGUAAGGGGAAGAAAAAAGAGGACAGUCGUCUCCGUGGUAGCAAUGGGAGGUCAGGGAAAAACAACUUUGGCAAAGAAAGUUUUUGACAACCCACGGGUUGUUAAACAUUUCGACUGUCAUGUGUGGAUCACAGUUUCUCAACAAUACAAUGCAGAAGGACUGUUGAGGGAAAUGUUGCACAAGUUAUACAAAGAGAAGGGAAAUGAUCUUCCUAAGAGAAUUAAUCAAAUGGAUCGAGACUCAUUAGUUGGUGAAGUGAGAAAUUGCUUGCAACAACAAAGGUAUGUUGUCGUUUUUGAUGAUGUAUGGAACAUAUGUUUUUGGGAUGAAAUUGACUUUGCUAUGAUUGAUAACAAAAAUAGUUGUAAAAUAAUAAUCACAACAAGGAAUAUGAAUGUUGUGAAUGCAUGUAAGAAAUCUUCUUUUGUUGAAGUGCAUGAACUGAAACCUUUAACUAAAGAAAAAUCCUUGGAAUUGUUCAAUAAGAAGGCCUUCUAUGAUUUGAAUGGACGUUGUCCGGAAAAUCUUGUUGAUAUAUCUUCUAAAAUUGUUGAAAAAUGCUAUGGAUUACCACUGGCAAUUGUAGUCACCGGUGGUCUUUUAUCAUGCAAAGAUAGAAAUACAAUUGAAUGGUACAAGUUUAAUGAAAAUAUAAAGCCUGAGUUAAAGGAAGAUUCCAAGAUAAAAAAAAUCUUAGCUCUUAGUUACCAUGAUUUGCCUUACAACCUCAAGUUAUGUUUGUUGUAUUUUGGAUUAUAUCCUGAAGACUAUAUAGUUACAUCGAAGACAUUGAAUCAACAAUGGAUUGCUGAAGGGUACGUGAAAGAAGAGAGGGGAAAAACUUUGGAAGAGGUUGCAGAAGGAUAUUUAAUAGAGUUGACCCAUAGAAGUUUAAUCCAAGUUUCUACCAGAAUGGAUGGAACAAUAAGAGGCUGUCAUGUUCAUGAUAUGGUGCGUGCAAUGAUCCUUGAAAAAUGUGAGGAUCUAAGUUUUUGCAAUAAUAUUAGUGACGAAAAACAAUCACCUCUUACUGGAAUGGUUCGUCGCCUAUCAAUAACAGACACCAACUCUGACAAUUUAAUGAAAAGUAUUGAAAACUCACAAGUUCGAUCACUGUUAGUUCUCACUUCUAAAACAUUAAAUGAAUCCUUUGUAAGUGAAAUCCCUACAAAAUUCAGGCGAUUGAAGGUGCUUCUUUUGUUGGAUGAUGGAUUUCUUGAAGUUCCUGAAAAUUUGGGAAGUUUGAGCCACUUGAAGUAUUUAAGGUUAUGGGGUCGAGGAAGAACAUUGUCACUUCCAAAAUCCAUUGGCAUGCUCGAGAACCUGGAAACCUUGGAUUUAUCAAGUACAAAAUUCAAUGUUAUACCAAAGGAUAUUUGCAAGCUUAGAAAGCUACGCCAUUUUCUAGGCUUCAAAAUGUCUUUAAUUCAAUUGAAGGAUGAUAUUGGAGAUAUGACAUCUCUACAAACACUGCGUGAUGUUUGUUUAGGUGAAGAGGAAAAUGAAGAUGAAAUUGAUGAGAGAGUCGUAAAGCUAAUCCAAGAGAUGGGAAAGCUAAAACAACUGAGGGAAUUGGUCUUGCUCGAUGUUAGGGGUAAAUAUAUGAGUGUCAUAUCAUCCUCAAUCAAUGAGAUGCAAAAAAUGGAGAAACUAAGUAUUAGCACAAUUGGACAUGAAGCAUUCAUUGAUAUGGAUUUGAAUUCGCCCCCACCUUUGCUUCGAAAUGUUAAACUUAAUGGGAAGUUAAAGAACUUUCCUGAGUGGAUUUCAAAACUUCAAAAUCUUGCUAAGCUGAAAGUGCAACUUAUGUAUUCCAAGCAAACAGAUGAUUUAACGAAAUUACUCAAAAGUAUGCCAAGCCUGUUAUCACUCUAUGUCUCUGGCGCUGAUGAUGAUGAAGGAUUAAAAGGUUUAUAUUUUCUUGAUGGAUGGUUUAAGAAUUUGAAGAGGCUAUAUGUUGAAAAUUUCCAUAACUCGAGUUACAUUGAUAUUGACAAAGGUGCGUUGGGUUCGCUAAAAGCCCUCUAUAUAGUCUCAAUCCCUCAACUCAAGAUGUUACCAACCGGCAUUCAACACUUACAGAAGCUUGAAGUUCUCAAUAUCAGGGGUGUGAGUGAGGAUUUUAUGAAGACCAUUGCUCCCGAUGAAGGAAAAGAGCAUUGGAUCUACAAGCUAGUGCCCUCUGUAAAAAUUACUCCUAGCUAGGAUGACUAUGACUGUGAGCUAGAAAUCACUUACAGGCAUGCUUUUACUUUGCUUACAAUUUGAAAAAAUAUUUUGCGAUAAUAUUUUUUAAAUAAUUUCUCAAUUUGUCCUCCUUUUAAUUUUCUUAUGAAUACAUUGUUAUCUAUUUGAAAUUUACAUAU